CAUAAUAUUUCGAAGAAAAACAGAUUUGCUAUCCAAGUUAGUUUUAAUCUGUUCCUGUAAUGCCUGUAAACUUUUUAUGUAAAUCUGUGCCGGCAUGUUUUAAGUCAUUUUUUUAUGACUGAUAUUAAAUGGAAUCUCCUUUUCAAGGUCCAGGUGGAAGUCAAGCCCACUUACCUCAUCAAACCUCUUAUCCUGGAUCUCAAGGACUUAUAAUGCCACCUAACACAGCUAUGAUGCCCAAUGAAAUGCCUGAAGGUCAAACAGAAAUGGACACAUCUUCUGGAAUGACUCAAGUUGGCCUUAGUAAUCCUCAACAAAAAGAUAUCAGUAUAUCUAUAAUAUGUCGCAUGGGGCAGGAAACUGUUCAAGAUAUUAUUACUAAAACAUCAGAAUUAUUUUCUUUGCUUAAAAAUCUUCAGCCACCAAAUGGCACAGCUUCUAGUAUUAAUUCUCAAGAAGAAAGAAAAGCUAAGUUGCAGGAAUAUUUGCGGACAAUUGCUUUCUGUUUCACAAAACUACGUCGUAUAUGUGAACGCUGCAAUUAUAGUUCUGCUACAAUGGAAUAUACACACAUUGAAGUAGAUAGUUUAGUACCUUUUAAAGAUGAAGCUGAUUUCAGGCAACAAGAUGAUAGAAAGCCCACUGAUGCCGCUAGAACCAGUAGUGUUGAAUAUACACAUCUAAAAGAGCGAACCUUCAUAAGAAAUAAACAUCUGAAAGAAAUUAUUGACAAUUUAAGAAGUUUUAUUUGGGAUAUAAAUACAAUGUUGGCAAUGAGAAAACCAUAGUAUUUAUUUAUAUGUAUUUUUACCCCAACUUGUACAUAAAAUAUUCAUUUUCUUAGUUCUCUAAAGAAAGGCAGAGAAAUAAAUUCCAUUUUUUUCAUA